UUGCAGACAACAUUUCUAAGGGGGGUAGAGAGAGAGAUUGAGAGAGAGAGAGGGGGAGAGAGAGAGAGAGAGGGGGAGAGAAUUUAAACAGAAUCCUAUAUUUUCUCCGCAUAAUUAACAACGAUUAGGGUUUUUGGUAGAUCUGGUCAGAAAUCGUCAAGUUUAGUUGCGUUUUCUCAACUGCAGAUCUCGAUCGCACCGUCAUUUUUCGUUUUAAAUUCGAGUUUGUGGAUUUGAAUCGCGUUUUUCAGAGAGCACUUUCAUGUUCUGCUUAGAAUUCAAAUUCUCAACUCCUUGAUUGAUAAGAUCUUGAAAGUUGGCUCCGCAAAGACGAUCGCAGCGCCACAUGGGUGGCCAGAUGCAGCAGAGCAAUGCUGCGGCCGCGACCACGCUCUACGAUCACCCCGGCGGUGGAUCCUUGCACAAUGCAGGUCCCGGAGGCGAUGCCGGAGAUGCCGUCAUGGCGCGUUGGCUCCAGUCCGCUGGCUUGCAGCAUCUGGCCUCUCCCUUGGCUUCUACAGGGAUCGAUCACCGACUCCUUCCCAAUCUCCUCAUGCAGGGUUAUGGAGCACAAUCUGCUGAAGAGAAGCAGAGGCUUUUCAAAUUAAUGAGAAACCUCAACUUCAAUGGGGAAUCAGGCGCUGAACCAUAUACACCAACUGCCCAGUCCUUGGGUGGUACAGUUGCAUCAGAUGGUUUUUAUUCUCCCGAGUUCCGAGGGGAUUUUGGUGCUGGACUUUUGGAUCUUCAUGCUAUGGACGAUACUGAGCUUCUAUCUGAGCAUACCAUUUCUGAACCCUUUGAGCCAUCACCUUUUAUUCCCGGAAAUACAAAAGUAUUUGAAGAGGACUUCGAUAUGCCAGUUGGCUGGCAGCCAAGAGAGCAAACAGAUGCUGAGGCCUCGGUUUCUUUCCCUACCAAUGAAAAGGAGAUCAGUGGAAGAGAAAAUAAUGUAGCUAAGAUCAAAGUUGUGGUACGUAAAAGACCACUGAACAAGAAGGAAAUUUCUAGGAAGGAGGACGAUAUUGUCACUGUAAAUGAUAAUUGUUUGACUGUUCAUGAGCCAAAGCUGAAGGUGGACUUGACGGCAUAUGUGGAGAAACAUGAGUUCUGCUUUGAUGCUGUCCUUGAUGAGCGUGUAACCAAUGAUGAGGUGUAUCGGGUUACUGUAGAGCCAAUUAUUCCCACCAUUUUCCAGCGAACAAAAGCCACAUGUUUUGCAUACGGGCAAACAGGUAGUGGCAAGACGUUCACUAUGCAACCAUUGCCUCUUAGAGCUGCUGAAGAUCUUGUUAGUUGUUGCAUCAGCCUGUAUACCGUAUCAGAGAUUCUGCUGCUGAUAUAUUUUCCUAAUUCGGUUUCGGGUUUGGUUGUCAGGAUUGAGGGAGCAGAAAUCAAUAAGAGCCUCUUGGCUCUGAAGGAAUGCAUUCGUGCUUUGGACAAUGAUCAGAUCCAUAUACCAUUUCGGGGUAGUAAAUUGACAGAAGUUCUCCGUGAUUCUUUCGUUGGCAACUCAAGGACAGUUAUGAUCUCAUGCAUUUCUCCAAAUGCGGGUUCAUGUGAGCAUACCGUCAAUACCUUGAGAUAUGCCGAUCGAGUUAAAAGUCUAUCCAAAAGUGGGAAUGCAAAGAAAGAUCAGCCUGUCAAUUCAUUGCCUAAGGAUUCUUCACUGGCAUCUUCAGUGCCUAUUUCCAAUGAUGUAGAAGAUGCCUUUGAACAACCGCAGGAGGUGAAAGCAGUGGAGACGAGUAGAAGGAUUAUGGAGAAAGAAACUCUCUCUUAUAAUCAUGCCGCAAGCCAUCCAUCUAGUUAUCCCUACAAUGGGAGGGAGGAAAGUGGGUUGACUUUGGGUUCGAUGGAUAGAGAGAGGUCUGAGAUGAAUAAUUCUUAUGGUGGUUCUUUUAGUCAAAAAAUGCAUUCAUCAUAUUCCCAAAACACAGUUGAUACAGAAGAGAAAGUACAGAAGGUUUCACCACCACGUAGGAAAGGACCAAAGGAAGAAAAAUCGCAUAAGAAAGAUGGCAAUGGAUCUGAUUUAUUUAGCACAAACUCUAGACCCCAAAAUCCAGUCAGUUAUAUCGCAAACAAUGUUGGGUCCAGACAGAAUGAACCUGAACCUGCUGCUGACGGAAAUAUCAACGCGAUACUUGAGGAAGAAGAUGCCCUAAUUGCAGCUCACAGAAAAGAAAUAGAGGACACAAUGGAGAUUGUCCGUGAAGAAAUGAAACUUUUGGCUGAGGUAGACCAGCCCGGCAGCCUUAUUGAUAACUAUGUGACUCAGCUGAGCUUUGUGCUUUCACGCAAGGCUGCAGGUCUUGUUAGUCUUCAAGCUCGUCUUGCCAGGUUUCAGCAUCGACUAAAAGAACAGGAGAUACUUAGUCGGAAGAGAGUUCCACGUUAAGGAAAGUUUGUGUUCCUUGUCAUUGACUGCAUCAUAUUCUAUUCUGUACUUACCUCACAUCACAUGAGGAAUGUUCUGUCGGUUUCUUUUUCCUUAUUUUUUUCUUUUGUAAAUGUCCCUUAUGUGGAAUUUGGUUAUACCGGUCACAAUAUGGAAAGGGGGGUUGAGAUUAGAAGGAGCUACUAUGCUAUGAGUGCGAAUGUAUUUGAAGUUUCGCCAUGUUGCUACUCAAAUUCAGGGUUCUGGCUAAUUUGAUAGUAGCAAGGGUUCCUGGCCUCUUACAGUUGUCAAAAUGUAUCAAUUUAGAAUAGUCUUGUGCUUUUGCUGAGAUUUUUCAUUGGUUUGUGCUAUUUGGAUAUUUAAUAGUGAUUGGAAAAUGUCUUUACAAUAUUCCUAGCGAAGCCAAAGGGGAAUAGAUGUUUAUAUUUGGGCAUCCUGAGCUCUCACGCUGAGUUCACAUAUUCAUCAAUGCACUAAUAGUUCCUAAA